ACAGUCGUGGCGGAUUUCUGAACCAUGGGUCAUGACUCCCCCUCUGGCUCCGCCCCUGCUAAGAACCCCACUCUAAGCCCAAGCCCAAGAGAUCUUUCUUGCAUUUAACAUUUAAGAAGCUCUCCCCUUUUAGGUUUAUUUCCAACUAAGCAGAUUUUUGUCUCUCAAAGCGCAGGGAUAUAAAUUAGAUUUGUAUUUAAGCCAAUGCAUUGAAUGGAUUUUCUUGCUGGUUUUGUGGAGCAAGAAAAUUAGUAUGUCCAUUGUCCAAAUAUCAAUGUAAAAGGCUGUAACAAGGAAAAACGAAAAUGGCUCCCAAGAAGAAGCAGCAGCAGAAGCAGAAAGGAGCUUCUUCAUCUUCUUCGAAGAACAAAUCCCAAUCAUCGACGGGUCCGAAACUCCAAAUAUCGGCGGAGAAUGAGCAACGUCUACGCCGUCUCUUGCUCAACUCUGGCAGGCCAAGCUCCUCUCCCUCUGUGACUCCAGCAAAUGACACCAUCUCCAAAGCCCAAAAGGCGAAAAAGCUCCGAUCCAUUUAUGAGAAGCUCUCUUGCGAAGGCUUCACUGCCGAUCAAAUCGAACAAGCUCUUUCAGCUCUCAACGAAGGGGCUACAUUUGAAGCUGCUCUUGACUGGCUAUGCCUGAACCUACCGGGAAAUGAACUUCCUUUGAAGUUCUCAAGUGGGACUUCCAUGUAUACAAGUGAAGGAGGUUCUGUUAGCAUUAUUUCUGCUGCUAGGGAAGAUUGGAUUCCUUCACAGAAUCUAUCUACUAAGAAUGAGGAUAAAAUGCCAGAAGUUUCUGUUAGAAUCAAAGGAAAAUGGGAAGAUGACACUUUUGAUUCACGGCAAUCAUCCCAAGCAGAUUGGAUUCGAAAAUAUGUGGAACAACAGGAAGAGGAGGAGGAUGAAUGGGAGACUGUUGCAGAUAAUGUUGGUAACAGGAGUCCUAAUAAGGAGGCCUCUGAUCCAAGUAGCCGUGCUGUUUCUAUUGCAAAAGAGUACCAUAUUGCAAGGUUACAGGCUGUAACUGCCAAAGAGAAAGGUGACAAGAAAAUCCAGGAAGAGGCAGGCCAUAAGAUCCGCGAGCUUAAGCAGGAGAUGCAUGCUUUAGGACUUUCAGAAGACAUCUUAGCAGAAUAUGGUGAUGAGCAUGCUUCUGAUAGCAUAUUAUCCAGUCCCAUGGCUUGCAAAGGCACUGAUACAGUAGCAUUAAGUGAGUCAGUUUUGCAUGAGAAUGAACAAACAGUUGAUGGGAAUCUAUGUGUCCCUGUUCAGAAGAAGGCCAACAUGGAAGGUGAGGAGCCAGGAGAUGUAGAACUUGAUAAUUUGUUCUCUGAAGAUUCCUCUGGAACCUUACCUCCUGAAGUAUUAAAACUGCAAAAGAAAGAAAAUAUGGCAGGGCUGUCUAGUGCACAGGUUUCAGAAAAGUUUGCAGGAAUAUGGAAAAAGGGUGAACCACAAAAGAUUCCCAAGGCUGUGCUUCACCAAAUCUGCCAAAGGUUAGGAUGGGAAGCACCAAAGUUCAAUAAAGUACUUUCAAAAGGAAACAGGUUUUCUUAUUCUGUCAAUGUUCUGCGUAGAGCUAGUGGUAGGGGUAAGAGUAGAAAAGCUGGAGGACUUCUUACCCUUCAUCUCCCUGAUCAAGAAGAAGCCUUUGAAUCUGCUGAGGAUGCACAGAAUAGGGUGGCGGCAUUUGCUCUUUACCGCCUGUUUCCUGACUUUCCUGUUCACCGACUGAUUACGGAGCCAUACUCUUCAUUCAUUAAGAAGUUACUGGAAGGGGAAUCCUUGGCCAAGAUAGAGGACACUGAGGAUAUUCGAAGGGCUGAUUUUGUGGAUUCAUUAUUGAAUUCUGGCAAUUCAGAAUCAAAUACUUCUGUGGAUUUCAUGAACGAUGCUCUUGAUGAGAAUCUUGUGAUACCAGAUAUUCAGGAAAGCUUGUAUUCUGCUGCUUCUGCAAAGCCUGAAAGAAAAAAUAAUCGUAAGGAAGUAGAAAGUGCCUAUUUGAGGCAGGAACUAGAGAACAAAGGAAAAGUGCAGAAGUACAGGGAAAUGUUAGGGUUUAGAGCUGCUCUUCCUAUUGCUGAAUUGAAGGGUAACAUAUUGCAAUUGCUGGAGGAAAAUGAUGUUCUUGUUGUUUGUGGGGAAACUGGUUGUGGAAAGACAACUCAGGUUCCACAAUUUAUAUUGGAUGACAUGAUUGAAGCAGGACUUGGUGGAUAUUGUAACAUUAUUUGCACUCAACCGAGGAGAAUAGCGGCGAUAUCUGUUGCGGAAAGAGUAGCUGAUGAGCGAUGUGAACCAUCACCAGGUUCAAAUGGUAGCUUGGUUGGUUUUCAAGUUCGCCUUGACACUGCUAGGAAUGAAAGAACCAAGCUUCUUUUUUGCACAACAGGCAUUCUGCUUAGGAAACUGGCGGGUGACAAAAACUUGACUGGUGUCACACAUGUUAUAGUUGAUGAAGUACAUGAACGAUCUCUCUUGAGUGAUUUUCUACUCAUUGUUUUGAAGAACCUAAUUGAGAAGCAAUCAACCCAUCAAGGACCAAAACUUAAGGUUAUUUUAAUGUCUGCAACUGUUGAUUCAAGCUUGUUCUCAAGAUACUUUGGAAACUGUCCUGUAGUUACUGCACAAGGGCGAACACAUCCUGUGUCAACUCUCUUCCUUGAGGAUAUUUAUGAAAAUCUCAACUAUGCUCUUGCUUCAGAUUCUCCUGCUUCUUUAAAGUGUUUUACAUCCACAAAGGGGAAGUUUCGGAGCAGUACUGUUGGCAACCACCGGGGGAAGAAGAACCUUGUGUUAUCUUCUUGGGGCGAUGAUUCUCUGCUCUCUGAAAACUAUGUUAACCCAUAUUAUGUUCCAAGUUCUUAUCAAUCAUACAGUGAAAGGACUCAGAAGAAUCUGAAAUGCUUGAAUGAAGAUGUAAUUGAUUAUGACCUCCUAGAAGACUUGGUUUGCCAUAUUGAUGAAACAUAUCCUGCUGGUUCUAUACUUGUCUUCUUGCCUGGUGUUGCAGAAAUUUACACACUACUCGAUAAACUAGUUGCUUCAUAUCAAUUUGGUGGACUCUGUUCUGAAUGGCUUCUUCCUCUACAUUCCUCUCUAUCAUCAACUGACCAGAGAAAGGUGUUUCGACAACCACCUGAAAAUAUUCGUAAGGUUAUUGUGGCCACAGAUAUUGCAGAGACCAGUAUAACAAUUGAUGAUGUAGUUUAUGUUGUUGACUGUGGUAAGCACAAGGAGAGUCGUUAUAAUCCACAAAAGAAAUUGUCGAGCAUGGUUGAAGAUUGGAUAUCUCAGGCCAAUGCAAAACAACGUCGAGGAAGAGCUGGGCGUGUAAAACCUGGUAUAUGCUUUUGCUUGUAUACAUGCCACAGAAUUGAAAAUCUCAUGCGCCCAUUUCAGGUACCUGAGAUGCUGCGCAUGCCAUUAAUUGAGUUGUGUUUACAAAUUAAGUCACUUUAUUUAGGAUUCAUAAAACCAUUUUUAUUGAAGGCCAUAGAUCCUCCACGGGAAGAGGCGAUAACUUCAGCCAUUACCAUGUUAUAUGAGGUUGGUGCUUUAGAAGGAAAUGAGGAGUUAACACCUCUUGGGUAUCAUUUGGCAAAGCUUCCUGUUGAUGUACUGAUCGGAAAGAUGAUGUUAUAUGGUGCCAUAUUUGGUUGCUUAUCACCAAUCCUUUCAAUUUCAGCAUUUUUAAGCUAUAAGUCACCUUUUGUGUAUCCAAAAGAUGAGAAACAAAAUAUAGAAAGAGCAAAGAUUUCACUAUUGACAGAUAGGCUAGAUGGUACAAGUGGUUCAGAUGAGGGUGAGAGGCAGUCUGAUCACCUGCUAAUGGUUGUUGCAUACAAAAGAUGGGUGAAGAUUCUGCUUGAGAAAGGAGCAAGAGCUGCACAAAACUUUUGCAAUUCAUAUUUCUUGAGCAGUUCAGUUAUGUACAUGAUAAGGGACAUGCGCAUACAGUUUGGAAACUUGUUGGCAGACAUUGGACUUGUUGAUCUCCCAAAAAUUUCUCAGACUGAUGGAAAAGUUAAAGACAAACUUGACAAUUGGUUUUCGGAUAUGUCUCAACCAUUCAACAAGUAUUCACAUCAUUCUUCAGUUGUGAAGUCAGUAUUAUGUGCAGGUCUAUAUCCUAAUGUAGCUGCCACUGAAGAAGGUAUUGUUGGCUUCACUUUGGGCAGCACCCAGAAACCAUCUGCUAGUACUGGAAUAAAGGGUUGUCCUUUCUGGUACGAUGGAAGAAGAGAAGUUCAGAUUCACCCUUCUUCUAUCAACAGUAACAUAAAAGCUUUUCAGUAUCCAUUUCUUGUCUUCCUUGAAAAGGUCGAAACUAACAAAGUCUUUCUUCGAGAUACAAGCAUCAUAUCUCCAUACUCUAUUUUGCUCUUUGGUGGUUCUAUUAACAUCCAGCAUCAGACUGGAAUGGUUGUUAUUGAUGGUUGGUUGAAACUGAAAGCACCAGCCCAAACUGCUGUGCUUUUCAAGGAACUCCGGUUAACACUUCAUGCUGUUCUAAAGGAGCUGAUUAAAAAGCCAGAGGACCUAACCUUCGGGAAGAUGAUUGGUAGAGCUGUGGUAGAUGGACAAACCCUCUAUGUGGAGAGAAGAGACAAACCUUCUUGCAAUUCUACAGUGGAAAAGGUGCAUACCACUCUUUUCAAGCUUUGAUGGUUUAUUGUCAUCAACAAGCCUCCAUCUCUUAAAGGCUAGAUCUACUAUUACCUCCAGCAGAUCAACAAGGAAAAAAAUCUACUCCUUUAGCACAGGCACUCACAGAGCAAAGUAGGCAGGCACAAACUGGUUUUAUAGUGGCGUAGUAACAAGUUUGAACAAAAAGUUGUAUCAUCAGUUCAUCACUUCAACCAAUCCCUUGUCUGUCAAACUCAAGAUAAAGAACAAAAUAAAGAUCCGUAUUAGGAAUUUUAUCUAUAGAGUUUGUAAGGAGGAAAAACAAUUGGCCUCUAAUGGCCUUAUAAUUAGUAAUGGCAUAUUUUUUUCUGUUGUAUGAUAAUUUAUGUAUUGACCUUGAUGCUUUUACCACCAUAAGUUCAAGGUUAAAAGUUUGGGAUAUGCCAGAGAAUUGGAUAGACAA